UCCAUCAGUUGCGCCGGGCUUGCGCAUCGAUUGACACUCCGUGGGCGCUGCUUGGGGAAGCCAGUGAAGUGCGGUAGCGAGCGGCCGUACGUUUCCCUGGGUUUUUACUCUCUUGACGACUCCACGACCACACCUUCAUACAUCAACAUCCACGUGAACUUCCACCAUGGCGGACAAGGACAAGAUGGCGAAGUACCGGACGGAGAUCCAACAGAUGAUGUUCGUCUCCGGCGAAACCGGCGAGCCCUCACCCGAAACCACCACCCUAAUCGAAUCCAUCGUGCAAGACCAAGUCCAACACAUGCUGCGCGAAUGCACAUCCCUCGCCACCCGACGGGGCUCCAAAUCCAUCUCCACCGACGAUCUAUUCAUGCUAAUCCGGCACGACCGGGCCAAAAUCUCUCGUCUACGGCACUUCCUGCAAUGGAAAGAUGUGCGGCGCUCCGUUAAAGACUCCGACGAUAAGGGCGGCGACGCAGGCGCCGACGUCGGCACGGGCGACGCUGACCUGGCCGCGGGCGUCAUGGGCGGUGGCCCAGUCGGGCCGGGACCCGAAGCAGGUAAGAAGGCGAAGAGGGCGAAGGUGGAUUUGGUGUGGGAUGUGCAUAGUUUCUUCACCGAGUUUCCGCCGCAGAAAGACGAUGUCGAGGACGAGGAAGAGGAGGAGAUGAACUUUGCUACCUUACAGAGAUUGAAGAACGCCGAUGAGCGCACCAAGAAUAUGACGCGUGAGGAGUAUGUGCACUGGUCUGAUUGUCGUCAGGCAUCAUUCACCUACCGCAAGGGCAAGCGAUUCAAGGAGUGGGCGGGCUUUGGGCUCAUCACAGACUCCAAACCCUCCGACGACAUCAUCGAUAUCCUAGGGUUCUUGACGUUUGAGAUUGUGCAGACGCUCACAGAGGAGGCACUCAAGGUCAAGGAUGCAGAGGAUGCAUAUAAGAAGAGCACGGGCGGCGAGCAGAAUAGGCUGAAGAGGAAGAGGGAGAGGGGCCUGUUUGACCCACCGGAGGAGGCGAGAGAGCCUGUGCAGCCAGGGCAUGUGCAAGAAGGGUAUAGGAGACUGCAGAGAGGGAAUAAUAAAAGCAGGGCGAUGUUGAAUUUUACGAGGAAUACGCAUCGUGCGGCGUUGAAGCUGAUCUAAAAGCCCGACUUUGCUGUUCUUUGAUGCGGGAGGAUGGCGUUAGGGACUUCUUUGAGAUCCAUCAGCUGGCGGUACGGUGUUUGGCGUUACAUGAUGGCAUAUCCAUAUACGUCUAUCUCCAUUACAGCAACUCGUCGUUUGUGCUUAGGGUCAAUCAGGGUAGGACAGAUGUCAUGGUCAAGCUAGUGGCGAACAUAGUUGAAC